AUGAGCGCACUCACUGAAGAGAUGAGCACGCAGGGCGAUGGGGUGCUGGAGGACAUGAGGAGCCGCGUGCAGGAGGAUGGCACUGUUUUGCUGGACCUGCACCACAGGGUGCACACGGAAUUCUUCCCCUUCCAUCUCCUUGCCAUCUCCUUGCCAUCUCCUUGCCAUCCGCUUGCGAUCCCCACUAUGCAGGGUGCAGGUGGAGUUCUGCGACCAGCUGUGGGACGUCAUUGCUGCAGCGCGCUUCUGGUACACCAACAUCGACACCUACUUCCUGCCCUCCCUCUACUACAUCCUAUCCUUCGCUGUGAACCUCCACUUCCUCCCUCCAUGCCCCUCUUCCCCUGCACUCUAGUGCCCUUUCCUCCACUCUUGUUCUUCUACCUCCAUCAUCCACUCCCACCAUCUUCUCACUCCCACCCAUCCGCUCACAGGCGGCUGAACGAGCUCUUCCCAGACGGCCGCAUCUACACACAUGUGGCACGCUACCUGUUGCACCCCGACAACCAGCUGUGGGACGAAAUCACUUCCCUCUUCCAUGUCAACCUCGCCCAACUCCCACACCGCCUCGGCGUUCAGGUGACUGAGAAUGGUCUUUCAGUCGCCCUCGGAAAGCAGCCUGUCAGUGGUCCAUCGUGUGCUCGACCGUGCCCUCAACAUCUCCCACUACCUGCCCCCCACUUCCCCUCUAGCAGCAGCAAGUGUGAGCCUCUUCUCACACCUGUCAGCCCCUUCCUACACUUGUUAGCCCCUUCUCACACCUGUCAGCCUUCUCACACCUCCUUUUCUCUGCUCCCCACCUAUUUCUCUGCUCCCCACCUUUUUCUCUGCUCCCCACCUUUUUCUCUGCUGCCCACCUUUUUCUCUGCUCCCCACCAAUUUCUCUGCUCCCCACCUUUUUCUCUGCUCCCCAUCUUUUGUUCUGCUCCCCAUCUUUCUCUCUGCUGGCCACCGUUUUCUCAACUCCCCACGUUUUCUCUGAUCCCCACGUUUUCUCUGCUCCUCACCGUUUUCUCUGCUCCUCACCUUUUUCUAUGCUCCCCACCUUUUUCCCUGCUCCCCACCUUUUCUCUGCUCCCCACCCUUUUCUCUACUCUCCACCAUUUUCUCUUCUCCCCACCCUUUUCUCUGAACACUAAACCUUUUGCUAUGCUCUUCUUGUCUCUAUCCACGAGUGCCAACACAAGCGAGUCCCCGUAUGAGAAGAUGGUGGUGUUUGUGUCGUCGCUCACCAUUCGCCACCUCAUGGACCUGCGGCACCACUACCUGCACCACCAUGUGUUGGGCAGCACUCUCGUUGAAUUUUGGACGCUGACCAAUGAGGAGGAGGAGAAUCAUGAGGAGCAGCAGAUGCUAUCGGCAGCAUUGCUCAUAGCACAUGGGCCGUCGAUUGGCAACACAGCAGCAGCCCUGCCAGCCAGCCAGCCAUACGGCCCCCAUUCUGGCCCAACGCCCUCCCCAUCUUCCCUCCAGCGACCGCCUGCUCAUAACGCACCUCUCCUCAUCCCUUCUUAUGUUCUCUCCCUUCCUUUUCUCCCCUCUCCUCCCCUGUAUAUCCUCCUGUGUGCCCUCUCCUCCCUUGUGUUAUCUUUCCUCCCCUAUGUAUCCUCCACUGCCGUGUGCACCCUCUCCUCCUCUGUGUUCUCUCUCCUCCCCUGUGCACCCUCCCUUCCCUCACCUUCCCUGUGUUCCCUCCCUUCUCCUGUGCUUCUCCCUGCCCCCCCGUCCCCCCUCCCAGUGACCGCGUGCUCAUAA